CCAGGUCCUACUGUCUGUCUCUUUCCAGGCAUUUAAACUCCCAGAUUCAGGUUUGCUUUUACAUCUCAUCCUCAUGCAUCCUCGACAAUCAAGCUAAUUGCCAGCUGUCUUAAUUGAAGAACAGCAAAUCCACCUCUUCUUGUUAUUGCCAUGAGGAAUAUGUACACCCUCUUUCUCUUUGUAGUGGGCUCCUUUUACUUGAACGGAAGUACAGCAGCAGAUGCUGAAGAAAAGCUAAUGAACCACCUACUGAGUCCUGACAGGUACAAUAAGUUAAUUCGACCAGCUGUCAACUCCUCCCAGUUGGUAUCUAUAGAACUGCAGGUUUCCCUGGCACAGCUCAUCAGUGUGAAUGAACGGGAGCAGAUCAUGACUACAAAUGUCUGGCUGAACCAGGAGUGGAUUGAUUAUCGUUUGGCUUGGAAACCCUCUGACUACGAAGGAAUCGAUAAGCUGAGAAUACCUGCAAAACACAUCUGGUUGCCAGACAUUGUGCUUUACAAUAAUGCGGAUGGCACAUAUGAAGUUUCACUCUACACAAAUGCAAUUGUGAAGAACAAUGGGAGCAUUCGCUGGUUGCCACCAGCCAUUUACAAGAGUGCCUGCAAGAUUGAAGUCAAGCAUUUCCCAUUUGAUCAACAAAACUGCACAUUAAAGUUCCGGUCUUGGACCUAUGAUCAUACAGAAAUUGAUAUGGUGCUUAAAACUUCCAUGGCAAGCAUGGAUGACUUCACGCCAAGUGGAGAGUGGGACAUUGUAGCACUGCCAGGAAGAAGGACUGUAAAUCCUUUGGACCCUAAUUAUGUUGAUGUGACAUAUGACUUUAUUAUUAAAAGGAAACCUCUUUUUUAUACCAUCAACCUUAUCAUUCCCUGUGUGCUAAUUACAUCCUUAGCCAUCUUGGUGUUCUACUUGCCUUCAGACUGUGGUGAAAAAAUGACCUUAUGCAUAUCUGUGUUGCUUGCCUUGACUGUGUUCCUGCUGCUGAUCUCCAAAAUUGUCCCUCCAACAUCUCUAGAUGUUCCACUUAUUGGGAAGUAUCUCAUGUUUACAAUGGUUUUAGUGACCUUCUCAAUAGUUACCAGUGUCUGUGUGCUCAACGUCCACCAUAGAUCUCCAAGUACUCACACUAUGCCCCCUUGGGUAAAGCUGGUUUUCCUUGAGAGACUCCCAGCCUAUCUGUUCAUGAAGCGUCCAGAGAACAAUUCUCCACGGCAAAAGCUGCACAGCUGCAAAAAGACAAAAGCAGAGAAUCCUUGUGUGGACCCAGCUGACUUCUACAAGAACUCUACCUAUUUUUUGAAUACGGCCUCUGCCAAAAAAAAAUAUGACAUGAAAAUCACUGAGACUCUUGACAAUGUCAGCAGUCACCGAGAUUUCAGGUUAAGAACAGGCAUGAAAUUUUCUCCUGAAGUCCAAGAAGCAAUUGAUGGAGUCAGUUUUAUAGCAGAGCACAUGAAAAGUGAUGACGAUGACCAGAGUGUCAUUGAAGAUUGGAAGUAUGUUGCCAUGGUAGUGGACAGGCUGUUUCUCUGGAUCUUCGUCCUUGUUUGUGUCCUGGGGACUGUUGGAUUAUUUCUGCAGCCACUUUUUCAAAACCACACUGCUGUCACGAACCCUUAG